GGUUGGAGAAUGCUGGUCAGCGGCCUAUGCUCCAUUGGGAGUAACAGGCGUAAGUAAGUAAGUAAAGUAAGUAAGUAUGACUUUAUAAACAGUAUUAAUUAUGUGUUAUGUCGAUUGAAUAUUGCUUCGUCUGGAUGUCUUUCAUCAUUUAUUGCAACUUUCACUUUUCUAAUUUCAUUUCAGAUCAACUAUCAUUGUACUAUUCAAGUUACUAUUUUCAACUUCACCAAUAUUCUACUUGAAAUCAAAUGAGUAGACUUAAGUUUGUACUAUUUGCGCAUCGUUUAUUAUCACCCAUGUAUAUUGUUGAUCGUACCUUUCAAAUUCCAGUUUAUUUAUUUAUAAAUAAAAUUAAUGUUUUCUCAACACAAAUAAAACGAUUUGCUGGUCAUGCUCAUUGGCAAAAUGUGAAACAUAUCAAAGAAGCUGGUGAUCGUGAAAAAGCUCAAACUGCACUCUAUUACAUUAAAGCUGCACAAAAAGCAAUUAGAGAUGGUGGAGGAAUUCGUGAUCCAAAGAAAAAUUCAAAAUUAGCUACAGUUUUAGCUGAGGCUAAAACAAAAUCUGUCCCCUAUUCUACCUUCGAUAAACUAUUAAGUACAGAUAAUCAAAUUGAACCGUAUAUAAUCGAAAUAAAGGCUCCUGGUGGAUUAUUUGUGAUUGUAGAAAGUCGAGCUAAACACGUUGCCAAUGAGCGUCAACGUGUCUGUUCUAUCGCAAAAAAAUAUGGUUUCUCUCUUGUUCCUGCUGGCGAUAUAGCUGACAAGUUCUUCGAUCAUAUUGGUUUAGUCACUGUCUCUGCUAAAUCUAGUAAACAGUUAUCAGAUUUAGAUGCGGCAACUAAUUUGGGCAUUGAAAUCGGAGCGAAAGAAGUUGAAUUAAGUUCUAGUGAAGAUCAGCAUUAUCAUUUUCAUUGUGAAGUGCAUGAAAUUGAAAAUUUACGUCAAUCCCUUGAAACUAUACAUCAUAUUCCAGUUAUAAAUACACAAGAUAUAUAUUCUCCUAAAAUAUUUGUUCCUAUUCAUCAUGAUGUACGUCAAAAAUUAGAUGAAAUGUAUGAUAAAAUAAAAACUUCACUUGAAUAUGUUGAUAGAAUAUUUGAUAAUGUAAUCAUGAAUCAAUAAAUCAAUAAAUCAAUAUUUAUGUAUCUAUGUGAAAAAAUCAAUUGAACUCUAUAAAUGAACAUCGUUUCCUAUGAAUAAAACUUUUAUACAAAAAGAAAAAGGGAGAGAGAGAGAGAGGACGAAUACUUGAUUAUACAACAUUUUGGAUUGUACCUAUUUCCAGUUAUAUUUUAAAGGAAACAAACUUGAAUUAGAUUGCUAAUGUGAAACAUUCAAUUGACUUUCAAUUCAUUCGUUAAGAUUUUACAAAUAUAUAUUCGUCCUCUUUAAAGUUGAAAAAUUUUCAUAACUUUCUCCUUUUUCUUUCUCUAUCUCUUCUUUGUACAUUAAUGUCAUUUAUAUUAAACAGAAUCAAUUAAAUAUCCUUAGAAAUGUCCUAGUAUGUUAGUUACCCCCCCCCCCAAGUGACCGAUGAUGAGGAGAGUUAGCUUUUCCUCUCGAAAUGCUCUCACAUGG